CAUGGCGGCGACACACGCUCCACUUCUACGCCUUGCAUUAUUUAUUUAUUCUCUGUUUGCAUUGCGCGCGUGGGCGCAAGAGCCGGAAAUAUCGCUGUUGGGCAACGAGAUGGACAAAAACAGGGAAUAUCAGUGCGUGGCCAGUUGCUUCCAGUUGUCAGGCCAGGGACAGCAAACUGCGGCCAAGUCUAUGGUGCCCGAAUGCGUUGUUGACUAUCGUUCCAUAUCUUCAGACUGCAACGAGCCAACUAAAAACCUGGGGCUGAUCGUGCUGGACUCUGGCCGUUACUGGGUGAGCAGCGAAAAAAAGAACUGGCACGAGGCAUCGCGCAUUUGCCGGACGUACUCGAUGCAGCUGGCCGGCCUGGAAACAAAGGAGGAAAUCCAGGCGGUCGCCGAGAAAGCCUUUGUCAACGACACUGCUCCGCCCGUCGAAGGGUUCUGGAUGUCGCUGUGCGACCUGGUGGAGGACGGCAAGUGGUAUUGGGCGCACUCGGGCGAGGACCUCACCUACUCUCAGUGGGACUCCGGCGAGCCCAACGACGUCAACAAGGUGCCCCAGCGAUGCGUCGAAGUCAAAAUGACCACCGACAAGUCCUUCAAGUGGGCUGACCGCGACUGCAUGGACGAAAGGAAAUUCAUUUGCGAGAUGCCCGAGAUUUGCUACAGACAGUACUGCAACACCAGCUAGCCCACCAUUUCGGAUUAAAUCCUUAUAAUUUGAAAUAUUUUUUCGUUUUUAAGUUUGGAGUGUGUCUGACCACGUAUUUCUUCCUAAAAAUAAAUCAAAUAAAUCGUAUUCGA